AUGACUUACCAGUGGACCACAUCCAAGACCGCCGGCCUCGUCAUAGGCAUCCUCUUCCUUACCGCCUUGCUCACCGCGGCCAUCCUCGUCUACCGCUACCGCGUGCGCACCACCAGCUCAAAGCGCGAUCCCGAAAGCGCAGCUACUUCGCCAGAGCCCGAGGCCGAGCCGGAACAUACCUACGCCCUCCCAGGUCCCAUCCACGAGCCCGGCACCAUUCGGCGCGCGACAGGCCAGCCGCAGACUUUCUACGACUGGGGUUCGGUCGAGCAAUGUCUCGUCCACGUACUCUCAACACACAACGUCAAGGGCAAAUACGAUGUGGGCGCUUCGAGCUUGAGGAAGGCGGUGUUGGGGGCUGGAGAGACCAGGGGAGUGAAGAGCAUGGAGGCAGAGAAGAAAGAGGCCAUGCUGAAGAAAGAAGAGAUCAAGGAUGCAGAGCAGAAGGCGAAGACUGAAGUGAAGACGACGGCGAAGACUAGGGGGUACUCGGGUGCUUGGCCUUGA